AUUUAUUUAUGAUUACACCUAAGCUCCACAUCAACCACCAGUCUAGUUUAGUUAGUAUCUUCCACAUUUUACUAUUGUGUUCCACUCUUAUUUUUCUCCAUACAAGGCCAUGCUUUUGACAUGCAAACCAAAAUCAGUCUAAAACCUGCUGCAAACACAAGACUCGACACCUGAUUUGACGCCAUUUAUUGGAGUAGAAAAUGUCACUGUACCAACUAUGGUUUCGCACUGGCUGAGUAUCUCAGCCCAGGCAAAAUCUAAAUGUCUCCAAUCUCUUAAUUUUUUAGGCAAAUCUGAGUGCUCCACAUCUUCUUUUGGACUCUCUGGUGGAUUGCCAAGGGAGGCAUAGUGGGCUCUCUGGGUGGUUGUCAAGAGAGGACUAAUGUACAUACAUGUAGUAUGGUCUACCGGUUCUCUACCGGGUAGCUAGCGGGUAGUACAUCGAACAUCAUGCAUGAUGGUGUUGGGGCUCGUUACCAAGAGGAGCAAGCCAUUUAUGUCUCCGUGGAUCCCGCAAAGCCAAACCCUUUGCCCCCCAUAAUGGUCCUCAAUUUCUUGCCCCUGAUCCCACAGAGCCUAGUCCUGAAUUUCGACUGUUCUUUGCUUAAGCCUGGCCCCGGCUGGCUUCCGUAGAUAAUUUCCCUACUCUAAAACCCCCCAAGAGGAGCCAGGGGUGCAGGCGAGUGCGUGACAGCGCCGAAACCACUCCCCAUUGCGUCUUUUGGGUACCGGUUGGUGUAGUUGCGACUUCGAUCACGGUACUCAUGGCAUUAUUGAUAUUGUGUCCCAUUUCCGUACUGAAAUCCUGGUAAAAAAUCUCCGUAGAAUGACGUGUGCGGAUCAUCUUUCUAGCGGGGUAUCGGAUGAUUGCGCUGUGUCACAAAAAGAAAGACUCCGUUACUCUUGCUAAGAAAGCUGAGGUGUUUUUCGCCCUUCACUUUGGGUGUUGCAGUUGGUGCCCAUCAAGCCUUGAAGAGCUCCUUGUCUUUCUUGUUGACAGAUCCCAAAAGGUUGCAGUGAUACCGCUAUCGAUAAGAGGGUGUGAGUGGCGACAACACCAAAGCAGCACACAGCACGAUGUCAACUUCUCAGAACGUAAACCCUCCCAUGUUUGCAUCGGCGAACAACAAGUCAGCCAAUGGUGCUUCCCCCGGAGAUCCUCCUGCUUGGUUGAUGGAAGGAAGUGAUCCCCUCGAUGUGGAUCUUCUUGCUGAGUACCUUCUCGACGAUGGAAAGCCAGCUCCAAAUGGAAUGACAUUCGACUUCAACAUUGACGCUGCUGGAGCCAACGGCAACGUCGUGUCGCCAGAGCAAAGCGAAGAUGGGGCAUUCCCGCCUGUGGCAGAAGCUAGCAACGCGCAGCUUGCAGCACCGCCGCCUCCGCAGCAUCCUCAUUUGGCCCCUGCGCCUCCUCCGCAGCCAAUCGCCCAGGCACCCGUUCAUCAGCCCAUUGCGCAAGCUCCUGCCCCGCCAAUGCAACACCACUAUCACCAACACCCGGGUCACCCUCACGCUCCCGUGCCUCCCCAGCAUCACCAUAUUCCCAUUGCUCCCCCGCCCAUGGCAGUGAUCCCUGUGGCACCAGCACCUGUGCACGUGGCUCCCGCCCCUGUGGUCUAUGCUCCAGCCCCUGUGGCAUAUGCCCCAGCACAACCCGUCCAGGCAUUGGCGCCGGCUCCUCCUGGUGGAGCGCAAAUGAUGGUUCAUCAUCAACACGGAAACUACCCAAAGCGGCAACGUAUCAAUCCCGUACCAGGAGUAGCACCGGUGCCCAGCGCUCCAGCACCCACGAGCUCCAUUGUUCCGGGUGGACAGCAGCUGGUGGAUGCAGCUCAGGCCGCCAUGCAAACAGGAGGGCGAGGGAGGAGAAAGUCUCAAGCCCAAAUCGAUCGCAGACGUGAACGGAAUCGAAUCUUGGCGCGUAGAACUCGUCUUCGCAAAAAGUUCUUCUUUGAAUCCUUGCAAAAGGAAGUGAUGGAUCUUCAGCGUCAGAAUGCCGCACUCAAAGACUUGGUCAAGAGCAAAUUCUCCAUGGAAGAGUCUCGGAAAGUACUGGAUACUUGCAAGGCUGUCGAGAAGCUCCCGGAAGCAGUUGUGGAAGCCUGUGGCGAACACGCGGCGGAAAUGGAACAGCAGGAUUUCAAUCUUGUCCGCAGUGUGCAACAAUCACAGCACAGCUUUAUCAUCACGGACCCCUGUCUUCAAGAUAACCCCAUUGUGUUCGCAUCGGAUGGGUUCCUGAAGGUGACUGGUUACGCUCGUGAAGAUGUUCUGGGACGAAACUGCCGCUUUUUGCAAGGUGCCGAAACCAGCAAGGCCAAGUUGGACACUAUCCGUCGUGGAAUCUCGGCAGCCGAAGACGUGACUGUAACCUUGGUGAACUACAUGGCGGAUGGCACUCCCUUCUGGAACAAGCUGUUCAUUGCUGCAUUGCGCGACUCUUCCAACAACAUUGUUAAUUUUAUUGGUGUCGUUGUAAAGGUGGCAAGCCCACCCCAGGGUGAUCCGGAGUUCGGAAAGGUCUUGUCUGCUGACGGGCAAACCGAGUCGAACGGCACUGAAGCCAAUGCAAUUGCUGCGGACGGAGCCGUUCGUGCCAUCGAAGGUGGGAUCAGUGCGGCUGUCGCCGCUGCUCAGAUGCCUUGAGCCUUAGACGAGUCCAGUGACACACGGAAGAGAAAAGAAUUGGGUUGUACGACUAGACGCCACUCAUCCAUCCAGCACGCCCCCACCCGAAACUUGGACGCCUCGAAGGACACUUCACGACGACAACGCCUGUUUCAAUUAAACAUUGUACCUUGCAAGACGAAUUCAUCCAAAACUGAGAAUUAUCCUCGGAUGAAGCCUUCACAAAUAAACGACACUCCGCACAUGAACAAACGCGCUGGAGAACCAACAACGUACAACACCACAUCAAGGGAGCAUCUCUUGUCUACAUAUUCUGGGAUCGUUGUAGACGUGCUCUCCUACUAGUUGCAUAUAUAUUAUGACAUCCUCCUUACGACUACUAUUUGGCCUCGUGUGCUACUACUACUACUAGUACGACUGGCUAGAAGUACGAAAGGAACUAGGUA